GAGAAUUGGCGAUUUGGCGUACUUCGAGUUGUUUAUUUUGAAACAAGCUGGGGUGUGUAGUAAGUGAAAUUAUUGAACAUUUAUAAGGCAUGACACAUUGUUGGGAUGGCAAAUAACUAUCGCAAAUUUCUAAAGCUAUUAGAAAGCUGGCCUGUGGACCCAUCUAAAACUGAGCGCGCAACAAUGUUUCCCAACGAUUUCGAUUUUCAUUCCGGCUCUAAGAAGGACACAAAAAGGAAUGGUGACUUUUCUAUAUAUGUUGGUAACGUUCGAGUGGGUCUUCUCAUUGUUCGGGUUUUCAAAUCUCUUUUAGCGCUUGUUGUGUAUGCACAGUCAUUGCAGCCGGCCGGAGUGGCCGAGCGGGAUGUAAAUAGGCUUACAUUUGGAUUUUGGUAUUUCAGUGCAUAUGGCUGGUGCUUCUUUAUUGAUUCUAGAUAUAUAGCUGCUGGGAAUUUACAUGACAUUGGAUUUCAUCUUAGAGAAAGAGUAAAAAAGGCGUUUACUGCUGGGGAAUUGUUUCAAGGAGAUGAAGAAAAGUGUGCCAGAGAGCACGCGAGCUUGAAAAGACUAGCAGAUAAUGUAUAUGGGAAGUUAUACAAACGAACAAUUUCAUCUUCUGCCACUGGAUUGACUGCAGAACAGUGCAACUCUGUGUUGUCAAGUGAAUUUCUUGACUUGUUACAAAAAGAAAAUCGUAGUAUCUUCUCAAGACUAUUUAGGGGAAAGUGA